GAUUCCCAUUUGAGAUUUAAAAAGUCUUAAACUACUCUUUCAUUGCACCAAAACCCUUUGAACAUGUCUCAUACACAUUUCCUCAAAAUAAAAAAAUGUCUCAUACACAUUCCCAUCUACUACAUAAAUACAUAACAUAAAUAGACACACCCUCAAUUUGCAAAAUAACCCCAAAUAUAAACAUGACAAAGCCUUCAAAUUUUCUCCAAAAACCUUCUCCCAUUAUUGUACAAAGACAAGAGAACAAGAAGAUGAUGUGCUUAGAUGAGCAACAACAAAGGCAAUUAUCCAAUAUCUCAAAUGAAGAUUACCAUGGAAACAAAUCAGCCUCAAUUCCAUUUGAGUGGGAAUCUCAACCAGGUACACCUAAACAAAGAUCAAAGGAAAAAUUUCUUCCUCCUCUCACUCCACCACCAUCUUAUUUCCAAAAUGCAACAAAAAAACCUACAACUAAGACAAAAAAAAACUCACAAAAAACUAGUUUUUUGCAAACACUAUUCCCCAAACGUACUCAAAAAAAGGGUUAUAUUCCCGAUCCGUCACCUUCAUCUUCAAAUUUUGUCUCGUAUUCUUCUUCGUCUUCUUCAUCAUCUAUGUCGUCGUAUUCACCACGACCAACAUCUUAUUGAGUACCAUGUUCUCCGAUGGUACAUUCAAGAAAGAGUGAAGAUGAUGAAGAUCUAGACGAUGUUAGUAGUUCUAACACGCGUAUUGGCAAUGUAAGGUCGCGAGGGCGUUAUUCUUCCAUGUUCAAGAAGGUAUUGCUUGGAGAUUUUCGGUGAUGUUUAGAAAUUACUUUUCUCUAUGGUUAUGGUUCAUAAUAAGUGUUGCUAGCUAAAAUUGGCAAGAUUUCUUUUUUUGAAUCAAAAAUUGGAAAGAUUGUAUAUGCCAAACUUGUUAAUUAGUACGCAUCAUAUUUUUCAAGCUUGGUUACAAUAGGUUGAUUCCUUCUCUUUAUCGAAUUUAGAUUUUUGAUGUCGAGCCUAAUUAAACAAAAUUAUAAUAUUUAUGAUAGUCUA